AUGUCUGAUUUCUCGGGUAUCUCCCUCAAGGGAAAAACUGCAAUCGUGACAGGCUCAUCCCGAGGAAUUGGCGCCGGCAUUGCUCUUCAACUUGCCAAACGAGGCGCAAACAUUGUUGUCAACUACGUUUCCGAUGGCAGCAAGGACCGAGCACAGGGGAUUGUGGACCAGAUCACCAAAAUCGGAACUAAGGCUAUUCUUUGCAAAGCUAGUGUUAUGAAUCUUGAGGAAAUUUCUAGGUUGAUUGACGCUGCCUUGAAGAUUAGCGAGACUGGGAAGAUCGAAAUUAUUGUUCAUAACGCUGCCCUUGGACUAGAAGCGAACCUGGUCGACACUUCAGUUGAACUCUACACCACGCAUUUUGACUGCAAUGUCCGAGGCUCUACCUCACCUACCCGGGGCGGCCGCAUUGUCUUUAUUUCCUCUGCCGCUGCACGCCUCGGCGUUGCUGGACAUACUGUAUACGGACCCACAAAGGCAGCCAACGAGGCUUUGGUUCGCGUCUGGGCCAAAGAGCUGGGCCACUCUCACGGUAUCACGGUGAAUAGUGUCAACCCGGGCCCUGUCGCAACUGACCAAUGGUUUCAAAGCGACCCUCAGUUUAUCAAAGACAUGGAGCCGAUGAUCAAUGAAACUCCGGCUGCCCCUCGUGUUGGUGAGGUUGAUGAUAUUGCUCCUCUCGUUGCUUUCCUUUGCAGUGACGAUGCGAGAUGGACGACUGGCUCAUGCCUCUGCGCCAAUGGUGGCCUGUAUAACUAA